AUGCGCGAUGCAGACCGGGCAUUGAAGCAUGCAUAUGCCCCACCUAGCGUCUCAACACCUGCUGCAACCCGGAGGGAGACCAGACCCUCUACGAACACCGGGAACCAGAGGAAGAAGAUGAGCGCCGUGUAUAACGUGACUGAAGCUGAAGAGGAACAAGUCAGCCAAUGUCCUAGCUGUGAGCAGACUCACGCACUGCCACAGUGCCCCAAGUACAAAGGGCUCUCGCUAGAUGAACGAUGGGAACUGGUGAAGGAAAAGAAGUUAUGCUUCAAGUGCAUAACUAAGAAGCACAGACGCAGCAAUUGUAAAGCGAAGCUAUGCGGUGUGAACGAGUGUCGCAGUCCACACCAUCCGACCCUGCACCGAGAGGAGAAGACACCCAAACCCUUGAUAAAUGAAACCGAAGCCGUGCUGUCGGUGGCAACCAAAGCCACUGUGUCAACUCAAGCGGUUCUUCUGAAGAUGUGCCCAGUCACCGUCGUCGGGCCACGGGGGGAGGAGAAGACCUAUGCUCUAAUGGACGAAGGGGCUACCAUCACCCUCAUCGACGAAGAGCUGGCGAAGAAAAUCGGCGCCAAGGGACCUCUCACACCACUUCACAUGCACGGGGUCAACAUGACUCAGCACGAGGAAGAUAGUCAGCUGGUUACGGUACACCUGGAGGGGAAGGAUGGAAAGAGACACAAGCUUCGAGCACGAACGAUCAAGAACAUGAAGCUUCACCAGCAGUCCAUUCCCAGCGCGUUACUGAAGCAAGAGCACCUACGAGAUCUGCCAAAGGAGGAAGUGUGCUACGACCAGGCACACCCUGGCAUCCUGGUGGGGACAGACCACUGGGAGUAUAUUGUAUCCCGAGAACUGCGAGUUGGAGGCCCGAAUCAACCAGCCGCCUCUAGAACACAACUCGGCUGGGUGGUACAUGGAACAGCACCACGCAGCGUAAUCCACAACCAGGAUGGCGUUCUUCAUGUAUUCACUGUCGAACCUGGUGGAGGCUUGAAGAAGCAGCAAGAUCAACGCCUUCAUGACCUGGUGGAGGAACAUUUUCGGAUCGACGCGCUCGGCAUCGCUCACAAGUCACGGGUGAGCGAGGUGAACUCCCAGGCAACAAAGAUCGUCGAGCAAACCUUAAAGAAGGUCGAAGGUGGAUACCAGGUGGGAUUGCCCUGGAAACAAGACGACAUUAAGAUGCCACCUAGUUUCGACACAGCACUUCGCCGUCUUACGAAGAUAGAACAGAAGAUGGAUGCCGCACCUGCCUUCGCCAAAGAAUACACCAAACAGAUAGAAAACCUGCUUGCAAAAGGAUACGCUGUGCCAUGCAACGGCACGGAGCGUUCAAGCAAGCCAGAGGAACUAUGGCCGGUCGACGAACGAUCGACAGAGGAUGAGGAGGUCCUACUGCACGUGACCACGGAGGACCAGCAGGGCGACGAGUGGUUGCCGGAUCCUGCGCGCUUCUCCAAGUUCGAGACACUGGUCAGAGCAGCCGCGAGGGUGUUAGUGUUCGUGGACAAGUGUCGGCGUCGGGCUACGGGACUGGAGCAUCGACACAUCGAAGAGGCCGAGCGCGCACUCAUACGCCGCGCUCAAAAAGACAGCUUCCGAGAAGAGCUGCUACGGAUGAAGGCCUCACAUCCACUUCCCAAGGCGAGCCGACUGUUCCGGCUGGAUCCAGUGCUAGAGGAGGGAAUAUUGCGGGUG